AUGGCAAAUACUCCCUCUGCUUCUGCAGACUACACCAAGUAUGCCGGGUCGCCGUUUGUGCGCGCCGUGCGUUGGCUGCACCAUCUCGUCAACGCCGUGUGGAUUUUCGCAGCCUACACCUUGAUUCCCGUCUUUUGGCUAUGCUCCCUACUCUUUAGCUGGCUCGCCGAUCUGAUUCUCUGGCCGACGCUACAGCUGAUACAGUGCACUCCAGUUUACCCUAUGAUUGUCGAUUUCGGUGUCGAGCAUCGCGGCUGGUUCCUCGCCUUCACCAUGGUGCCGCUCUCGUUUGCGCACAGCCAAUACUCACGACUCCAUAACUUAUACUCCCAAGCCUUCCUGGCCACGCCGCAUCUGCAUGAUGCACGAGUGCGCGAGGUGCAACAGCAGGUGCAAUCGUGGAAUGCGGCCGGUCGUGGCCGAUUGAUGGUGACUGCGCGGCCCCCCUGGCUCUCCGUCAGCCUCCGCGUAGAGACGUACAAGGAUACCUGCGAGAAGAUCCGCAUUGACCUGCCCAACAUCCUCGAGGUGAACACGGAAAGCAUGACGGUGCGCUGCGAACCAAUGGUCAACAUGGGCCAAAUCACUCGCCACCUCGUCCCGAUGGGCUACGCCCUGGCUGUCAUGAUCGAGAUGGAUGACCUGACGGUGGGCGGGUUGCUGAUGGGCGUCGGUGUCGAGGUCAGCUCACACAUCCACGGCUUCUUCUCGGAAACGGUCCGCGCCUGCGAGGUGGUACUGGGCGACGGCUCCCUCGUACGCUGCUCGCGCACGGAAAACGCUGAUCUAUUCCACGCGUUGCCCUGGAGUCACGGUACGCUGGGCUUUCUUGUGGCCGUGGAUCUGAAAAUCGUGCCGAUAAAGCCAUAUGUGCACAUGACAUACAUUCCGUGUUACAGUCAGGACGAGCUGCAGAACAAGCUAACGAAGCUGACGCACGCGUCGAAUGCACCGCCGCUGAUCGAGGCUACAAUCUUCAGCAAAGAUACUGCCGUCAUCUUUACUGGCGAGUUCAGCGAUGGCCCGCCAGCCGGUCACACCAGUGGCAUUAACGACGUCGGUCACAUUUGGAAGCCUUGGUUCUACAAGCACGUGGAGUCGUUCCUGCAGCACGGUCGGGGCGAGGACUGGAUCCCGCUCAGGGCCUAUUUCCAUCGGCACACGCGCAGCAUCUUCUGGGAACUGCCCGAGGUCAUCCCUAUUUCCGUGAAUUGGUGGUACAAGUACGUGUUUGGCUGGAUGGGACCGCCUAGGAUCGCCUACCUCAAGCUCUCCUCAGCACCGGCGAUCCGCGAGGCGUCCGUCUUCAAGCACGUGGUGCAGGAUAUUGUGGUUCCGCUGUCUCACCUAAAAGAUGCCAUCGAAAUUUAUCACGACGCAUUCGAGGUCUACCCGCUGCUCUUUUACCCCGUGCGCAUCUACAAACAGCCAGACGGGCUGCAGGGUGCGCUACGCGAGCCUCUCCACCCGCGCACCAGCCCGGAGACUGGCUCUCAGUACGAAAUGUACUUCAACCUUGGCGUGUACGGUGUACCACCCAAACUGAAGCGCAAGGAGUCCUGGGACGCGGUAAAGGAGGUGCGACGGGUCGAGAAGUUUGCGCGGGAUCGUCGCGGCUACCAGCUCCUCUACACGGACAGCUUUAUGACGCGGACAGAGUUUGAAGAGAUGUUUGAUCACCAACUAUACCGUGAGUGUCGUCGCAAGUAUAACGCCAUCGGUGCCUUUCCCGAGAUAUACGACAAGGUCAAGAGCAAAUACUGCCCGACGGAGAUGACCAAAGAAUAG